ACAGGUUCCAGGCCUGGUUGCUGAGUGGGAGCCCUGGAGGGGAGCAGGAGAACAAGGUCCCUGAGCUGUCACCAUGGGCAGCCUCUGGGUGUGGAGGUGAGGGCCCCAGCUUCCCAGAGCAAGAAUCAUCAGCCCUGGUCUUCUGAUUAAGGGAAAGCUGAACAGCCUGGAUGGAACACAACUUUGCCCCUGCUCCUCCAGAGAUGCAGCCGCACACAGCGCCAGGCCCUGGAGCCUCCUUCUCUCGUAGUCACAUUCUGGGGCACCCUACCCACCCCUCACGGCUCCCUGGAGGGGUGACUCCACUCAUCCCUGUCCUCAGGAAGACUGUCCGUCUGGAUGCCUUUCCUCAAAGCCAUGUCCAGAUUUCCAGUCGAUCGGGUCUGAGAGCCAGGGCCCGGAGCAUGUCCCCACAGGAUGCUGGCAUUGCCCCAGGGGCUCCGCUGAGCCCCCUGCCUGCCAACAGCCUUGUACCCAGGAAGCUCAGCUCCAUUUCCUUAACAAUCCAUCAGAACAGCCAUGCGCGGCCCCUGGACCCUGCACUGUCUCACUGGGAAGAAUUGUCUACCCACAGAGGAGGGAGACCGUCUGCUCCAAGUUCACCCCCCUUGGCCCUAAUGCCAGACAGCAGGGUCCACUCUGAGGGCCCAGGGAACCCAGGUCUGAGCAAACCCAGCAGGACGCCCACAGUGGAGAAGCCCGUGGUGGGCUCGUACCUGGCCUUGCCUUUUCAGUCCAGGCUGACCCCGAGUCCAUUGAGCCUCACAGGGCCAGGCCCCUCGGGUCAAGGGCACACCAGAACUUCUCCAGGAAGAGGCAAGUCCCGGGCCAGGGGGAUUCCCAGACCCCGGCUAUGUCUCCAAAGGGCCACCCCUGUUAGGAAUUUGGCUGCUGUGCACACAGCAAGGCCAGACAUAGCCAGACAUUUAACCACAAUGGCCACCCAAGGACCUAACUUGGCUGUCAGUUUGUCCACACCAGAUACAUCCAGACUGGACACAGGUACAGAGUUCUCUGCUCUGGAUACCAAGAGGGGCUCAACCACAGACUUAUCUAUAGCAGGUUCAGCCAAGCCAGGCAAAGCCAAGAACUUGGCUACUGCAGGCACAAACAAGGCUGGCACAGCCACAAAUUUGGCUACAGUAGAGACAACCAAGCCGGGGAAGGUUGUGAAUUUGGCAACCACAGAACCAGAUGAGCUGGGCAAAUUCAUGGUUACAGUAGAUGCAACCAAGCCAGAUGUGACUACAAGGGGCACAGCUAUGGCUUGGGGAAAACCAGAUCCAUUCAAGUUGGGUACAACCAGGUUGGACACAGCCAUGGCUUUGGUGACAGCAAAUCCCGCUGCGUUGGGCCCAGCUAUGGAUUCUGGUGCUUUGGACAGAAGCAGACUCGGGACAGCCGUGGGUUCAGUUGUGCUGGCCACACCAGACCCAGCCAAUGGGGAGACCAAGCCAGACAAUGUUAAUAACCUGACCAUAUCAGACAUUGCUGUCUACCCACUAAUGGUAAGAAGAGGGAUGGACGCAGCCCAGGACCAUGCCACAGUGGAUGCUGCUACAGAGCCUGCCACACUGGACCUGGCCGGAGAAUACAAAGGUAAAUGCAGGAACCAGGAGGUGUAA